AUGUGUAUACGUAAUUAUUUUCUCAUAUUUUGGAUUAUUAAUUAAUAAGCAAAAAUUGUAUUGCCUGUUCUAAUUGCAGCUAAUUAAUUGAAGAAUCUAAAAUUCUUCUUCAUGAAACUUAUUGCAUACGUUUCAAUACAAAGUGUGAAAGAUGUGGGUAAUUUUAUCAUAAAAAUCAUCCUUGAUGCCCACGAAGAGGAUUAUCAUAAAAAAGAAAAAUGCUAGUUUUGUUUCUUAGACUUAGAUGGUUAUCAUAUUGUUUUGAUUUCUUAGAUCUAUCUAAACAUAAAUGCUCCAAGACACCUAAAAAAUGUUUAUAUUGCGAUAUACUAUAGAUUUAAUUAUUUAACAUGAGAAUCAAUGUGGUAGCAGGACUGAAAAAUGAGAUAUUUGCUAAAAUUAUAUUAUGA